AUGGCCGACAAGUCCUUCACCACCGCCGAGGUCGGCUCGCACAACAACGACGACAAGGGCUACUGGCUCAUUGUCGAGAACAACGUCUACGACGUCACCAAGUUCCUCGACGAGCACCCCGGCGGCGCAAAGAUCCUCAAGCGUUUCGCCGGCAAGAACGCGACCAAGGCGUUCUGGAAGUACCACAACGAGAGCGUGCUGGAAAAGUACGGCGGCAAAUACAAGAUUGGCAGUGUCCAGGAGGCUGCGAAGCUGUAA